AUGGCCUCGGCCGACACUUUGAUGCAAGAUGCUCCUGGUGAUGGGCAUGUCGCACUGUUCUCGAAUGACGAAGAACGCCUUCUCCAGCUCUUUGAUCGCCUUCAAGAGCUCCAGCUACAGAUCGCCUUGGUCAAGGCGAGACAGUCGCCUGCCCCCAGCUCGUCGUCAGAGGAUAAUGAAGCUGCCUUGGAGGAGGCCAAAACCCAGCUGCUGGAGACGCGGGCAUCCUACUUUUUGCGCAACCAGGCGGUCGAGAGCGUGCUGUCGGCAAACCCCAUACUAAAUGCUGUCCAUGGGGCAAAGCUAGCGUCACCCAUUGAAAGGGACCUAGAGGAGCCCAUCGAGCAGCGCGACGAGGCAGCCCGAGCAGUCGCGACGCAGUCGACGGAGCUGCACGAGGUGCUGGACCGGCUCACCAGGGUCGAGAGCGAGAGCGCGGCCGCGUCCCGGCGCAACGUCGAGCUGGCGGCCGAGAUGCUCCGGUUGGCCGGGGAGGCAGCCAGGGACGACAAGAUGCCGCUCCCGGACGGCGACGAUGAUGGCGACGGCGGCCGCAUCGCGCGGCUCGAGGACGAGCUGCGUCAGAGCCGGCGGCGGCUGCGGGUCAUGAAGGGCACGGCCAGCGCCGUCGUGGUCGGCAGCGGCGUGGACUGGGUCCGCGACCCCGCGCUGAGGGACAUGGUCCUCGACCCCGAGUAG